AUGGAGCAAGAUGGGAUAGAGAAAUCUAAAAGUGGAAAGAUCUUGAAGAAAAGGAGGGAUGAGGAACCUAAGGUCCCUGGAGACGAGGCCGAGACGACGCACCUACGAUCCCUACCUAGCGCCUCCAAUCGCCUUCGCCUCUUCCUGAUCGACCUCCUUGAUCCGGACUCCAUCCUCGCAGCCAUCCGCGACGUCUCGGGGGUGUUCCACCUCGCCUCGCCUUGCAUCAUCACUUGCGUCCAGGAUCCCCAGAGGGAACUACUAGAUCCAACGGUGACGGGGACUCUCAACGUUCUCCGCGCAGCCAAGGAGAGCGGAGUGUGCCGGGUGGUCGUCACAUCAUUGAUCUCUGCCAUCGUCCCCAGUCCUGGAUGGCCAGCGGAUCGGGUCAAGGACGAGAGUUGUUGGACUGACCUUGAUUACUGUCGGCAGAAAGAGUUUACUUGGAUUCAGAAUGAAAUAGAUUAG